CAAAAUGACUGCCAGGAGUGCCAGGGUACGGCCCAUAAGUACGGCCUCUGUGGUCCUCCUUUGGGGCCUCUGACUAUCUUCCGGCCGUGCCCUUGGGCCGUGUAAACAGCUGUUUUCUCUAAAUAUCAAUAACAGAAAAUUACAGAUGUUUUCAUAAACACGUUUGCAGAUAAAGCUAAUUUUGGGCGUUGAAACGAAUUAAAAACUACAAAACCUACUUCGUUUACGAUGUCUUCUCAUUUACAAGGAGGAAGAGUAGAUAUUUCAUUAGUCCAAACAUAUGCAAAAAAUAAUUUAAUUUAUUUGCUUGAAAAGUGUCCCGGAUCUAAAGCUAUAAUUUGGGAUAAUUCCUUAGCAGGACCUGUAGGUUUAAUUGCACAAUAUGUAUUAUUAAGGGAACAUCAAGUUAAGAAAAUGUAUCCUUUACGACCUACUCCAUUACCAGAAACGGAUGUUGACCACGUUAUUUUCAUUUCAAGGCCAAAAUUGCAUUUAAUGGACUAUAUUGCUCGUAAUGUACAUGAUGAUAGAAGAAGUAAAAGUAAUUCUAAAAAACAGUAUCAUCUGUUUUUUGUUCCUAAGAAAAGCUUGUUAUGUGUGGAAGCUUUAAAACACAAGGGCAUGCUAGGAGAUGUUAUUCUUAUUGAUGAAUUUAAAUGUCAGUUAUUCCCAUUUGAUUCAGAUGUAAUGUCCAUGGAGAUAGCUGAAGUAUUCAAAGAAUAUACUGUUGAAAAUGAUCCUACAUAUAUUUAUCAAACUGCACAAGCUAUCAUAUUUAUUCAGAAAUUAUAUGGUUGUAUACCUCAUGUCUGUGGAAAAGGCAUUGCGGCUAAGCAAGUAUGGGAUUUGGUAAAAAGAUUACAACGGGAAAAAAGUGUUGAUGAAGAACUAAAAGUAAAUCAAGUGUCAUGUAUAGAUCAACUUUUGUUAAUUGAUCGAUCUGUUGAUUUAAUUACACCUUUGGCAACACAACUAACUUAUGAGGGUCUUAUAGAUGAAAUUUUUGGAAUCAAUAAUUCAACUGCAAAUUUUCCAAUGGAUAAUUUUUUAAGUAGUGAUGAAAGAAAUACAGAAUCUUUAACAGAGGGUAAAAAGCAAAUUAUUUUAAACUCAGGAGAUAAACUUUUUUCUGACAUAAGGGAUAAAAAUUUUAGUGCAGUUCCAUCCCACUUGUCAAAACUGGCUAAAAGUAUAAGUGCUCAAAUUGAAAAUACACAAGAUAAAUCUGUACAAGAAAUGAAACUUUAUGUCCAAAGAUUACCCCAAAUACUAGCAAAUAAAAAGCAACUUGCAGAUCAUACUGCUAUUGCAGAAUGUAUAAAGGAGUUUACAGAUCAGUGUGAUUUUAUGAAUAAUUUAAAGGCUGAACAAGAAUUUCUUAGUUGUUUUGAAAUUGAUAAGUCAAGUCCAUACAUUGAAGACCUUAUAGCCCAAGGCAAACCACUUUUACAAGUCCUAAGAUUAAUGUGUCUUCAGUGUAUAUGUUCUUCUGGUUUGAAAUCAAAAAUUAUGGAGGGGUAUAAAAGGGAAUUAGUUCAAGUUUAUGGUUUAGAAGCGUUAGUGGCCAUAAGCAAAUUAGAAAAAGUAGGUUUGUUAAAAUUGCAAUCUGGUACCAGACAAUACACAGUUUUAAGGAAGACAUUAAACUUAGUAGUAGAAGAUACUUCAGAAAUUAAUCCAACUGAUAUAUGUUAUGUACAUAUUAUUUAUGCACCACUUAGUGUCCGUUUAGCUGAACAAGUUACAAAAAAUGGCGGAAUAAAAGACCUCCAUGAUGUAUUGGGACUUUUACCAGGGCCAACAGUAGAUGAAUCACCAGAAGUACCAUCUAAUAUGGUUCAAAAUGCAGAUUCCCCCAAAGUAGUUUUGGUCUUUUUUAUAGGAGGAUGUACAUUUGCAGAGAUUUCAGCAUUGAGAUUUUUAUCUCAACAGGAGGAUUCCAAUGUUGAAUUUGUAAUAGCAACUACAAAACUAAUUAAUGGUGGUAGUUUUCUAAAAUCUAUAAUAGAGUCAUAAAACACAUGUAAAUUAUUUUGUAACUUAUCAUAAUGUACUCAUAUAUUCAAAGUUUUAUAAAGAUAUAUAAUUUAUUCAAUAUAAAAUAUAUACAGAGGGCAUUUUUUUGAAAGUGCUAC